GCACUUGACGUUUCUACAUGGCGUCUGUUUUUCAUCUUUGGAAAAAUUUCUAAGAGAAAAAGUGUGUUUAAGGACAAAAAACGGCGAUUUUCUUUGGAAAUUCAUCUUCCCAGAGGAAAUUUUAAAGGUAAAGCACAAUUUUAUCAUGUAAUAUUAUAGAAUAUUGUAGUAAUUUGUCCCGAUAAAUCUAUGCUUGUCAUUGAUGAUGCGCCCCAAAUAAUUUUCCCAGAUUUUACCAAAAAUAAUCCAUUUUCGCGAUUGUGUCUCAUGAUUUUGUACUUAAUUAUGUGAAAUUGAUACUUUAUUCGUACAACUGGGGGUAAGUUAUGCUAAUUCAAUGAUCCAGAGAUAACCCAAAUGCACUGAAACAAAAAAAGAAUAAAGACACCUUUAUCUGUUACGCGCGACGUCCGGAAAAGUUCCGAGAUGGUUGGAGAAUUUUCUUUUUCUACAUCAGAAGCUUACCUGAGAAAAGUUAUUUUGGGUUUAUCCAUUUUUUUUAAAGACUUGUCGCGUAUUUCUUUUGCGGGUUUCUUAACUUUCAGGUGGUUUUUGUAGUUACCUUUGGAAGAUACAAAAUGGUAAGUAUUAUUUACCAAUCUUCCUUGCCAAAGAGAAAACCAAACAGUUUUCCGGGAGUUUUGUUUUUCUUUCACUAAUUAUCUUUUCUACUCUUCUCUCACUCUCAUCUUGCAGGUGUUUGUCAGGAGUACAUAUAGGACAAAGUGAAGAAUCUGCAAGAUAAUCAUUACUAAAAUUCAUAAAAAAACUUGUUUCCGGAAUCAUCUUACCUGAGUGGAAGCUGAAUGAAUUUCCAGCUGUGCUUGUGAAAUAAUAGUGAAAAUAGUGAAUAGAAGUGCUAUCCUAGUUCGUUGGAAUAAGAUAAAAGCCGGAGUUUGAGGUGCCUUGGGCAUCUUGCUUGCGAAAUUUAUUUAUUUUUUGUUAUCAAAAAAUAUUCACGCGUUUUCUUGAAUAUUUCUUUCAACGCUUUUCAUUGAAUUUCAAAAGGAAAACAGCACAUUUAGUGAGAUUGUUGGUUGUGUGCUUCAAAAGGAAUAUUUUAAUUUUGGUGUCGAGUGAUGACGGAUUCUACAAAGACAAAGGUGGAGGAGGACAUCGAGCGGCAUGUCCUGAGCACGACGGUGAAGCUAUCAGAUGGGACAUUGGGACAAGUCUUCAGUCGCGGUGGUCGCAAUGAGUUUCAGGUGUUCCUUUACAAUUGUCACGUGUGCGGGGUACCCAAUUUACCUGGGGAGCGUUGCCUUCAGACACACAUCAGUGGCAGGAAGCACCAGAUGCGCCUAUCACAGGGUGUUAUUGAUGCAGUCGCAUUCAGAGCACCGAUGCAGACGAAGAGCAAAAUUCAAAUGAACAUCGCUCCGGGUGAACCUGUUCCCCCUGGAUUUGAGAAUGAAGUGAAGCGCAUUGCAGAAAUACAACCGGUAUUGGAUAAGAACAAAGAGGACUCCUACAUUGGUCUUGAGUAUAUUGUUGAACUCACUGGAGGUCCAGAGGCUUCCUAUCAUUGUAUUUUAUGCGAUAAAAGAGGUGAUCCGCGUACCAUCUUAGCGCAUGCUGUGAGCUACAAUCAUCGUUUGAAGUACUUGGAUAAGCACUACCCAUCCUGUAUGCGGGAAUUGUCCGAGUUCAAAGGGCAAAAGGAGGCACGUGCUGUACUUCCAAAGGUCAUUCAGACAGUCUGUGCUGCCAUUGAGGAGGUGCAUGGAAGAUUAACGAUGGCAGUGCACGAUAGGGAGGAUUAUGAGAAGAAUAAAAUGAAGUAUUUAACUGAAAUCAUUAAUGAGAAGCACUUUGAUGAGAAGACAGGACCGAAAUUCAUCAAAGUCAUUGAUCGGGCUAAGAUCAAUGAGAUGAUUCGCCGAUCAAAGAUUAGCUCAAACCUCAGGAAGAGGAAUUCUUCACCGGACGUGGAUCCGAGAAUGAAAGUUGACCACACACGUGCUGAUCGCAAGAGUUUGGAUUCCAUUUCGGACAUUUCGGACACAUCAAUGCGUUCACGAAGUCGUUCACCACGUAGUAAGCGUCAACGUAGGCGACGCUCACCGUCACUAUCCCUAUCACCGGAGCCAUCGCGACGACCUGUGAAGCCGAAGAAAACUCUCCCAACUCCGGAAGAAUUGACACUACAGGCAAAUGCAAUUCUAGAGGAUCGCUACAAAUGGGAGAAAUUUCGUUGUCUCGUGGAGAAGGCCGUUGAGGAAUUGAAUAAGGUGCAGAAGGAGCACGAGAAGAAUCCAGAGAAGCAUCCACUCUAUCCUGAGGAAUGGAAGAGAUUCUGGAAUCGUCGCUACAAGGAAUUGCAGCAGGAGAAGAAAGAUCCGGCAAAGCAUGAUUUCAAACCGGAAUGGAUUAAAUUUUGGACACAUCGUAUGAAGGAGCUCCAUGAGGAGGAGAUUGAUAGGCGCAAGAAGGAGAUUAGAGAGAAGGUUGGCUUACCGCUGGAGGAGGAGAAGAAGGAAAGUGUUGAGAUUAUUAAGAUAUCAGAUAGUCCGGAUUCGUUGGUGGGUUCCCGAAAACGGAACAGCUUGAGUCCGUGGUCAGACGAAGGUGGACGCCGUAUUCGACCAUCCCCAAAGCGUGGUCGUCCACGAAGUCGCUCUCGAUCACCAAGUCGCCGAAGGAGUCGAUCACGGAGUCCCCGUAGUAGUCGCAGUAGGUUGUCUCGGUCACCAGGGAGGCGAUCAUUUUCCCCAGGUCGACGCGACAGGGAUAGAUACUACGAGAGACCUGUGAGGUAUGUUGCUCCACCACCACCAGAUCCAUACUACAAUUUUGAAGAAUGGGCCAGCUACUAUGGACCCCAUAAGACACGUCCCACAUUCGCAUCAAGGGCUCCUCCAGCAGCGGGAUACAGCAGCAGACCUGUUGAACCUCCCGAACCAGAGGAACCGGAAUCCGAUGAACCACUCACAGUUGUUUCCGUACUACGACUCUUGACGGCACUUGAGGAGCAUCUAGGUAGCCUAGGUCCAAAGUGUAUUGAUCUACUGGCAAAAGCUUUGGCUCUUGAGAAGGUCAAAGCAAAUUCUGCUGAUGAAUUGUUGGUGAAUGAGGACACGUGCGUCUUCUUUGAGACAACAAAGGAGAAGCUAAAGGGUCAAAUUCUAGCUGGUGUAAUGGAACCGGGUAAAGUGAAGGCCGUCAAGAAAGCAGUAAAGAAUAUUGCUGGUAUUAUUCACAUGGUGACAAAGAAGCGUGAAGAGAAGGAGAAUGGAGAGGCUAAGGAUGAUACAAAGGAAGCGGAGAAGAAGGUGGAAGUGAAGUUGGGAAGUAAACCAGCAGGAUCGGGGUUGGAUAGAGGAAAAAUCUCCCUGAAACUUUCGGCGGAACUUUCAAAUCAGGGUCGUGAUGAUAUAUCCCAAUCAGAUCUCGAGCAACUCGUGCUGGUAUUCAUGGGAAUGCUGCAACGUUCAAAGCAGACAAGUGAGAUUGUAACAGUGAAGGAUUUCCUUGCGGAAAAUGAUGUUCGCACCGUUGAGGGGGGUGAGAAGACAAUGGUGGAUAUAAAGAAGACAAUUGAGGAUGAUUUUAAGGAAGACAUUGCAAAUAAUUCCGAUGCAAAUGCCCUUGAAAGUCUCACAGAUUCCGAUCUUCAGACACUCCUGCAGAAUUUUAAGGAUUUAUCCCCGGAGGAGCAGCAUCAUCUUAUUUCGUAUCUUAAGAAACUCGAAGCAACAGAUCCCACACGUGUGGAAAAGUUACGAAAAUUUGUUAAUCUCGAUGCAACAAGUGCGGAGAAGCGUAGAGAAUUGGAACGUCCGACUAUAAGUGAGGAUCGUCAUCAUGAGGCAUCCACGGAUAAUACGCAGAAGGUGGUUGAGAAGAAGCAAUCAGCAAUCUAUGAUUCUGACGAUGAUGAUGAUGACUACAAUUUUGAUGAUGUAGUUAAAGCUGCAAGUAAGAAUGUGAAGGAGAAGCAAAUGCAGGAUCACAUGAAAGUAGUGCAGGAAUCGCUGCAGCAUCAGCAAAAAUCUGUAAUUUCUCUCGAUGAUGACGACAUAGAGCCCCAGGCAGCAUCACCGGCAAAGAAGAAUCCUCCAGCAGCACCGAGUCUUGCUGGUAUGUCAUACCCAGCGGAUACACAGACACUCAUUGCAAACAUUAUGGGUUCCCUGCAGAAGAAUGUAUCGAGGACGGGGCAACCGGAGAAGGAAACAACAGUAGAAAGCUCAACGUCACUGUCUAAUCUCAAUAGUUUACCCUACUAUCAGCAAACUAACACCUAUGUUCCAAAUCCAUAUGCAGUACAGACAACUCAGGCAGCAAAUAAUUUCUACCCGAAUUAUGUGAUGCCCAAUAACAUCCCGGGUAUGUUUCCGGCUGCCACUGCAACUACCAUGACGUCCUCGGCACAAUCAAUGUAUCCCGCAGUGACUCAACAACAGCAGCAGCAAACGCAACAACAAUCUAAUCCAUGGGCUAAUCAAGCUUAUGGAAAAUACUACUAAUGGGAUGCAAUUAUGCUGCUUCAAUGUUCCCAUAAAUAAAAGAGAAAUAAAUGUCUAUUAAGAAAA